GGGAAAUGAAGUCCGAGUAGGGCUGAGGGCAUUGAGAAGAGCAUGUGGCGGCGGAGGCUGAGGGAGGCGUCCUCUCUGUGGUGGCGCCGGGGAAGGCCCUACUUCUCUUCGUCGUCGUCGUCUUUCGGGCCUAGGCUCCUCUCCACGCCUAUCUUCUACGUGAACGGCGCCCCGCACAUCGGGCACCUCUACUCCGCCCUCCUAGCCGACGCUCUGCACAGGCACCACCGCCUCCAGGGAGGAGGAGAAGGCCGCUUCGCCACCGGAACUGAUGAGCAUGGGCUGAAGAUCCAGUCGGCGGCUGCAGCGGCAGGCACUUCCCCUGAAUGCUUCUGCGACCGCGUUUCUGCCCAGUUCCGGGCGCUCUUCAUGCAGGCCGGCAUCUCCUACACAGAUUUCAUCCGCACCACUGAACUGCGGCACAGGCGGGCUGUGGAGCACUUCUGGACCGCUCUGAGAGAACAGGGCUGGCUCUACCAGGCUCACUAUGAAGGCUGGUACUGCACCGCUGAGGAAAGCUUUUUGGCUGCCUCUCAGGUCACUGAGCGCCCUGACUCCCAGGGCCACCUGCACAAAGUUUCAUUGGAGAGCGGCCACCAGGUACAUUGGACCAAGGAGGAGAACUACAUGUUCAAAUUGUCCCACUUCCAAGAGCCAUUGCUCAAAUGGCUCCGGGAAAGCAAGGCGGCCAUAACCCCAGAGCCUUUCUACCAGCAGGUGCUUCAAUGGCUGGAGCAGGACUUGCCCGACCUCUCAGUGUCCCGCGACCGAAACCGGCUGCAGUGGGGCAUCCCUGUCCCUGGUGAUGCAACCCAAACCAUCUACGUCUGGGUGGAUGCCCUUGUGAACUACCUAACCGUUGCCGGCUAUCCCGAGGCCCACCAUGCCUUGUGGCCGAACGCCUACCACAUUGUGGGCAAAGACAUCCUCAAGUUCCAUGCCAUUUAUUGGCCUGCUCUUCUGAUGGCAGCGGGGCUGGAGCCUCCGGCACAGAUCUUAGUUCACUCCCACUGGACGGUUCAAGGGCAGAAGAUGUCCAAGAGCCUGGGCAAUGUGGUGGACCCGGUGGCCUGCUUCCAGCGGUACUCAGUGGAUGGCUUUAGGUACUUCCUGCUGAGACAAGGAGUCCCUGAUCGUGACUGUGACUAUUAUGAUGAGAAGGCCAUCAACCUAGUCAAUGCGGAGCUGGCAGACGCCUUGGGUGGGCUCCUCAACCGGUGCACAGCUCCCGGUCUGAACCCUAGUGGGACGUAUCCAGGGUUUUCAGAGGCCUGUUUCCCCAGGGAUGUCUGUGCUCAAAAUGGGAGAGGAUCUGGCAGAGCUUUGCCAGAAGAUUACAGGUUGGUGUCAUCCGUUGAAGCUCUCCCUUCACAAGUGAACGCCUCAUUUGAAAGCUUCCAGAUCUACAAGGCUUUAGAAUCCAUCAUGGAUUGUGUGAGGCAAACCAACGGCUUCAUCCAGAGACACAUGCCCUGGAAGUUGCAAUGUGAGAAUCCUGAGCAGGAACGCUGGCGUGACACUGUCAUCCACAUUGUUUUGGAGUGUCUUCGGGUUUAUGGGGUUCUCCUGCAACCGGUGAUCCCGACCAUUGCUGAUAAGCUUCUGUCCAGGUUGGGAGUCAGUUCCACAGAGAGGUCUUUCAGGAACUUGAAUUUUCUUUCUCGCUACCAUGGUGACAAGUCUCCGUUUGAAGGGAGGAGACUUGGGCCUGAUACUGGCCUCCUGUUUCCUCGGUUGGAGAAACCCAAAAACAGAAGCCCUGGGGACACUUAAAUUUUAUUUUUCAAAGGCAAUCAGAUUCAUGAAAAUUUUCUUGUGAAGAUGUGGGGACCUUAGCUGCUGAAAGUGUUUGCUUUGCACUUUCUGGAAGAUAAUAUUCAGCAGCUUAUCUUACGCUGACUUGGUGACAAAUGGGUGCUGGCACUGCAUGCAUAUGCACACUCUUUUGCCAGUUUAAUUCACAUGAGUUCCUUAGAUAAAUAACUGUAUUUCAAAUGCUUGAAUGAAAGCCAGCCUUGAUGGUUGGAGCGCAUUGUUCUUUCAUGGCCCAAGUGAGUAUAAAAACUCCUGUUUUAA